AGCAGUUGAAAAAAACGCGCUCACUUGAAAUAACGCUCACUUGUUUUUGGUUUCGUCUAUAUUGAUACUAUUGUUUUGGUUUUUCUUCUACAUAAAUUUAACUUUCUCCAGCGUUAACUCAUGUAAUCAAGACAUGAUAACUGAAGAAGAGAACCAUAAAGCGAAGUAUGGCAAAAUCGGCGAAAGACCUCAGCCGUCAGCCGAAGAAAUGGAUGUCCAAAGGCAAAAGAAUAUUGCCUACGAAUACCUCUGCCACUUAGAAGAGGCAAAAAUGUGGAUUGAGGCCUGUAUAGAGGAAUCGCUGCCAGAGGUAACAGAAAUGGAAGAAGUUCUGCGUAACGGCGUUAUUUUAGCAAAAUUAGCCCAUUUCAUGAGUAAUGAAACAGUACCGUUAAGACGUAUUUACGAUUCGGAUAUGAGUAGAUAUGAAUCAAGAGGACUACAUUUUAAACAUACAGACAACAUUAAUUUGUUUUUGAAAGCUUUGAAUCAAGUCGGAUUUCCAUCGAUUUUCUAUCCAGAGACAACGGACAUUUAUGAUCGGAAGAAUAUACCAAGAUGUAUUUAUUGCAUCCAUGCCCUCAGCUUGUAUUUAUUUAAGUUGGGUAAAGCUCCAUUGAUACAAGAUCUUUAUGGUAAACUUACUUUUACUGAUGAACAAAUAAACGCUAUGAGAAAAGAACUCGCCAAAUAUGGCAUUCAAAUGCCAGCUUUUGGUAAAAUUGGAGGAAUUUUAGCCAAUCAACUUCCAGUUGACGAGGCCGCCUUGCACGCAGCUGUCAUCGCUAUCAACGAAGCAAUUGAACAAUCCAUUCCCGAACAAACCAUUAAGGCCUUACACAAUCCGGCUGCUCAUUUGGAUCAUGUUGACGACGAUUGCGCUGAAAUAUAUCAAUUGGUUCUAUACGAUGCCAAACACAUGAAAUCUGAAGGAGCGAAAAAUCGUUCAUUGGAUCCAGAUUAUGUGGCGGAUGUGUAUGAUGAGUUGCUUACGCAAGCUGAAAUACAAGGCUUAGUUCAGCAAUCUAACGGUCAACGAGCUCUCUCUUACGUUCGGUCGUCGGUCGGUAGGGAGGACAAAGAUGCUCUCUUAGCAGCUUUAAGAAAUCGAUGUUUAUCCUUAAAAGAUGUUCUAAGUGAUAAUACAUCUGAAUAUUUACGAUCUUUAAGUUCAAUAGUUGAUAAUGAAGACUUCGACAGAGAUAGCAUACAAAAAGUAUUGGUUUUAGUCAACAAUGAAUCUUGUCGAAUGGCAAAACUCGAAACGUUUGUGGCACAACUUAAUACUUCUUUGAUAAACGAAGACGUUACGAUGUUGGAGAAGUCUUUUUCUAAUGCCCUAUUGUUUCUACCAAAGAUUUACUUAGAAGCAUCUGCUCUUUAUUUGCAAGAAUUAAGUUCUGCUCGUCAAGAAAAAAAUGCUGACUUAGAAUUUGAUGAAAUUUUUGGAGGGCUACAAGUUCUUUCGGCGGUUGCUCAAGUUAACAAAUCUAUUGAAUCGAAGAACGUUGAUGAAUUGUAUGGAUCAUUAAUGGCCGAAGAUGUUCACAUUGUAGGUGUUGCAGCCGAUUGUGUAAACGACUACUUGAAAGAAUUGCGCUCGAGAAAAAAUGGGAAAUAUUUGUCUCAUAGCGACAUCCAACAAGCUGUAAAUUCUGUUAAUAAACGAAUAUUUAGCGAGGCCAAACGUAUAGAAGCCGUUCAUCGAAUUAAUAACGCAAUAGACGCAGGUGUAGUCGCCGGGACUUUAUCGGCUUUACAAAAUCCACAUAUUCAACUAGAAGAUGUGGAUUCAAAGCAAGCGUUUCACUACCAACGUUUGUUAGCUUGCGCAAAGUUGGGAAAAGCUAAAACUUUGGGGGAAGAAUCCGCUGAAUUGUGGUAUGAAGAGAUUGCCAGAACUAUUGAUCUGGCAAAUAGUCAUGCUAACGAAGUAAUUAAAAUGUCUGCGGCAAUAUCGGUCGCCAAUGUCGCUAUUGACGAGAGAGACGAGGACACAUUAAUAAAAUCCCUUUCAAACCCUGUUUUAUGUUUGAAAACAAUCCCAGAAACUUGUAUCACAACAUGUUUAGAAGCAUUGGAAAUUGAACGUAAAGAUAACGUUCGUAAAGCAACCGUUGGUGAAAUUGGAAGCGGUUGGACAAUGAAUAGAACCAGAGAUGGAAAUUUUAAAUUCUUCUCCAAUGUCUACACUGGUGAAUAUUUAUGGGAGAGACGUAAAGAUAUGCUAAAAGAUAAAGCUAUUCUGACGAGGGAUCAAAUAUCCAAAUGCAUCGAACAUGUCUUGUCUCAGCAUGAUAGAUAUGCAAUGUUCAAAGCAAAUGUAUCAUCUGUCAUAGCAAUUCAGUCCAUAUUUCGACGUUAUCAAGCUCGGAAGAGAUAUGUUGAAUUGAGAGCUGCUAUUAAAAUUCAGGAAUCGGCUGCAGUUAAAAUUCAAGCGUUUGUUCGUGCCCAUUGGAUGAGAAAUGAUUACAGAACUUUGAUGAAUUCUAACAAACCUCCUUUAGCUGUUGUUAGAAAAUUUGUACAUCUCUUGGAGCAAAGUCACGUUGACUAUGCCGAAGAGAUUGAACUACAGCGACUAAGACAACAACUUGUUUCCGAUAUUCGGACAAAUCAAGCACUUGAAGCAGACCUUGAUCAAAUGGACGUAAAAAUUGGUCUACUUAUUCGUAAUAGAACUUCACUUCAAGAUGUUAUUAAACAUCAUAAAUCCUUGAAAAGAUACACUCAAGAAAAUCAAGCAAAAGGAAUUAAAAGCUUGCAUAAAACAAGCAGAGAUAGAUUGGAAGCAUACCAACAUCUCUUUUAUUUGCUACAGACACAACCAUCAUAUCUUGCCCGACUAGUUUUUGAGUUACCUCCGACAACUUCUUCUAAAUUACUCGAAUCUUCCGUUUUAACUUUAUUUAAUUAUGGUUCUAAUCCUAGAGAGGAGUACCUUCUUCUUAAACUUUACGAAUCCGCUUUAAAGGAGGAAAUUAGAUCAAAAAUUGGUGUAAUGAGCGACAUUAUUUCGGGAAAUCCUCUUGUUAUCAAGAUGAUUGUCUCUCUCAAUCGAGAAGCCAAAGGUCAAGAAGCGUUACGGAACCUUUUGCAACCCCUUGUUACAUCAAUUGUUGACAGCAAUGAUUUGGACAUAAAUACGAAUCCAUGUGAUAUUUAUAAAUCAUGGAUAAAUGAGAAUGAGAGUGCAACUGGAAAGCCAUCACCAUUACCUUACGAAGUUGAUUCUAUCACUGCUUUGCAGUAUGACUACGUUCGAGAUAAAAUUUCUGAAAAUGUAAAUGCUCUACAAGUUAUAACGGAUAAAGUUUUAAAUGCUAUUUUGGCGUCGCCGCAUCAGCUACCAUACGCCAUGCGGUAUAUGGCUAAAGUCCUCCGACAUGCUUUGCAUGAAAGAUUUCCAGAAGCUUUAGAAAAAGAUGUUCUGAAAGUUUUAGGCAACCUUGUUUAUUACAGAUAUAUAAAUUCUGCUAUUGUUGCUCCUGAUGCUUUCAAUAUAAUUCAAGUUCCAGCUUCAAGUGGCUUGAAACCAACUCAGAGAAAAAACUUAGGAUCCGUUGCAAAAAUGUUACAGUUUAUUGCUUCUAAUAAAGGUUUUGGUGGAGAACAUUCAGCUCAUCUCACUCCUCUGAAUUCUUAUAUUAUGCAGGCACACGUUCGCUUUAAACAAUAUCUUGUUGAUGUUUGCGACGUAGAAUCGUUGGAAAAUUAUUAUAAUAUCGACGAAUGGACUGAUGUGACACUUUUAUCUAAACCGAUCAUAUAUAUAUCUAUUCAGGAGAUGAUUGAUAUUCAUAAACUAUUGAUGCAGCAUGAGUCGCACAUUACGGAUGGCGCAGACGACCCUCUUCAUGAAAUUCUCGAAGAACUUGGGGAUAUACCCACACCAGAAGAAGUUGCGGGUCAUGAUGAGGAAAGUCGCUCUGUUGGAAGAACAGAAAUAUCUUUGACCCUUUGUAAGAAAAACGUCGAUUUGCUGAUGGAUGAUACAAUUUCAGAUGCAAGAACACUAUUUCUACGCACAAAGCGUCUUACAGUUGAUGUUCUCCGAUGUCAGAAUUAUGGCUCGAGUCUUCUCCAAGUUCUACUGUCUCCCACAACAAGUGAGGAAGAGAAACUAUACCAAGUAGUGAUUGCUAGGAGACAACGUCUCGACAGGGAUGCUGAAAGGCGAGGAGCAUCCUUGGUUAGACACAAAAGCACUUUAACCGAUGCUCGACUGCCUCUAGAAGUUAUAAAAACUAAAAUAAUAAAUAACUUGAGGGAAUUAGAAAAACAACAAUUGGUUUCAGAAGCAGAUGACUUUCAAGCUAUGGUUACAUCAAUUGCCAACGAUAUCAGAAGCCAAAGAGUACAUAGAGCAAGACGUCGAAACGAGCUAACACGAGUUAGAAUGACUAUCGAUAGACUGGCUGCUAAAAGAGCCUUUUCAGAAGAACAAGUUAACUUCUACACACAAUACAUAAAAACUUGUUUGGAUAAACAGCAAGCAGUUCCAAGAAAACAGAGAAAACUAUUGAAAACUAAAAAGAAUCAAAGUAUUAAAUACUCCGCAGCCAAAUUGAGAGAAAAAGGAGUUGUUCUAGAAAUAGAAGGUCUACCCCACAAUCAAUUUAAGAAUGUGCAAUUCGAGAUCAAAGCGGCCGACCAACCUGGUGUGUUCGAUAUCAGCGCCAAAUUUAUGGGCGUAGAUAUGGAUAAAGUUCAACUAACGAUUGACGACUUAUUACAACAACAGUACGAAGGUGUAGCGAAAAUGAAUAUGUUUGACAAGGCCUACAUCAACGUAAAUUUAUUAAUUUUCCUUCUGAACAAAAAGUUUUAUGGAAAAUAA